UCUCCUGGCUCACGUGACAGUCAGCAUCAAUACUGCACCCUCAAGCGGAAGCUGGCUGACACAGAACAUCUACUGGAACUCAAGUCUCAUGAGCUGAUGGUGCUGCGCAAGGCACAUAGCCAGCGACUAGACAGACUGAGGAGUCUCCAGAACAGUUACCGACUCGUAAAGGAGCAGCUGAAGACACUAGAAGAUGAUACAUUCAGUGGCAAGAAGAAGGUCAAGCCUCGUCGUUCUGACCCUCGGGAACUGCAGAAGGAAAACAGUGACCAAGUUUGGAAUGAGCUCUCUCAUUUCAAAAAUGAAAAUCGCAAACUUCUAACAGAAACAAUGGCUAUGCAAGAAGAGUUGGACAUGUUGAGAGUUCAAGCUGCUCAGGAUGCUGCCCUCAUCCAUGAACUUAACUUAAAGCUGGAACAGGCUUAUGAAGAUGUGGACUUCCAGGUGAAGAAAAGGGAGUAUGAACAUAAAACAAAGACAGACAUGUCAUCAGAGGUGACAGUGCUCAAGUCUUCUGUACAAAAUAGAGAUGCUAUUUUGGAGAAGUUGGAGAGACGGUUACAGGAAAUGACUGGGGAGAGGGACAUGCUACUAGAGGAGAAGAGACAGUUAAAGGGUACUGUGCUUAAGAUCAACCAGGAGUCCUCCCAGCAGAGAAUUGACAUUGCCAACUUGAAGAAGGACAUACAUAGGCUUGAGCGAGAGGUUGAGGAGUCCAGCCAGCUCCAGACCAGUCGGGAGGCAUCUGUGCCCCUCUCUGACAGCUGCUCUGAGUCCCGAUCAAACACCAGGCCAACACCCACAUUACCAGUUUCCCGCAUACGCAGACGUGGCAGGAUAACCAAGAAGUAUCAAGUAAGUUUGAACAAGAGCAUUGAGAAGAUGAAGGCCUUGUUCUCUGACUUCAAUGAGGAGGGAUGGGAGGAAAUAUCAGACAAUCUUACCACUGAGGAAGACACCCUGACAGAGAAUGAUACUCUUGGUCGAGCCAUUGUGACACGCUCACGGACAGAUAUAGUCACGUCAGAGACAUCGGACAAUGGGUCAAGGAGGACUGUGGGCAAGUUACGGAAAGCUAGGAAAGCACAGCCUAGAGUGGUUAUCAAGAAAGACACAGGACAAAGACCCCCUGUGUCAUGGAGUCAAGAGUCCUUGACAACCAGCAGCUCAGACAGAGUUGUAUUCAGAGAGGCUGCAACUUCCCCCAUUCCGUUUGCUACUCCAGUGAAAGAGAGAGCCAAGAAAGGCCGCCUACAGAUGGUCACACCUGCUACGAGACAGCUAGCAUCUCUCAAACAGCGAGUGGGGCACCUCCAGCAGCAGAUCGCAGCUCUGCGAGACUCCCGGGGACAGGCACUAAAGAAUCUAAGUGAACAGAAAGAGGCCAAUCAACAAUCUCAGUCAGAUCUGAAUCUUGCCAAUCAGAGACUCAGACUCACAAAGCAGACUGUCCAGAGACUCACCAGUGAGAUGGAGAAGAUGCAGAAAGAGAAGGAAGAAAUGGAUAAACAAGUGUCUGCCAGAGGGGACGACUCCGCCUCUACCAUUAACACCCUCCAUGAACGUCGCAAUGAGCAGGAGUGGAAGGUGCUGGAGACGAGACUCAAGGUGUCAUCAAAUGAACUGUCUCGUCAGUCAGCCACCAUUAGAAGCCUGAAGUCUGAGAAUGAGGGAUUACAACAGCAGAUAAAGAAUCUUCAAGAAAGGAUCAACCACUUAGAGCGAGAUAACAGCCAGAAGAGAGCUCUGGUGGAGAGUCAGCGCACCAAACUCAAACGUGUUCAGGAAGAAGCCAAAACUGAUGCGGACAGAAUUACUGACAUGGAGACAAAAGUUCACCUCCUUUCUGAAGCCAAUGACAAGAUGAAGACACAGAUGGAGUCAUACCGGCGCCGUAUGGGUGUGGCAGUGAGGGAGAAGCAGGAUUGUGAAGACAAGUACUGCAAGGCUGUGCUGGAACUGGAGAAGAAGACCAAACUGUACUGUGAGGCCAAGGCCAAGUCUGGUGAGCUGGAGGAGGCCCUGGCCGAGCUGGAGAAGACAGCCAAGCAGCAGCUGCAUGACCUGGCAACGCAGAGCGAGGCUGCCAUAGAUGCUGCACAGGAGCAGCUCACCAACUCCCAUACUCGGAUACAGCAGUACCAGCUGUUUGUCAAGGCUCUGGGCAAGGAGCUGGUGUUGAGGGUAGAGCGUACCAGGGUGCAGGUGAAGGAGCACCUUAUAAGGCAGGAGAAGAACACUCAGCCUGUUGACUUCUCUCUACAGAAGGCCCAGGAUGUGGCCAAGAACAUCCUGAAUCUCAGCCAGUCUGACCUUGAGGACAUCAUGAGUGCUGAUGGAGAUAUGGAAGCAGAACCAGACUUGGUGUCUGAAGUAGAAAAGAAAAACAACAAACGCUGGAUAAAGAAAUGUGAAAAAAUCAGCAGCAACAAGGACUUUGUUUUGUCUCUGGUGAACCACUUCCUGCAGAAGGUGGAUGAGAGAGGGGAACUGCUGCUGCAGCUUCAGUCUACACCAUCCUAGAGACAUGCAAGUUCCCGCUUGUCAGGGAUUCCUCCAGUAGAUCACUAACAUGCCAGCUAGUAUUUGUGAAGAAUGUCUCAGGAACUCGUCAGAACCAUCGUCUUCACACCAGUGACACUUGCCUUCAUUCUGUGAUAUGAUGCAGCCAGUCAGGGAUCAGUUUUACUGAUGCUUCCAUCUGGAGUUGUGGCAUACAUCGCUCCUAUUAUUCUGUCUUUGCUGUCUGUGAUAAGCUUUCAUGCUUACCCUAAUGUAAAUAAGUGACUCCUUUUGUGUGGUUUUCAAUAAUUCUUGUUUGGGAAAGUAAUCAUAAUAAAACUGGAUCCUUAGGUCUAAUAUGGCAGCCAUGAGACAACACAUGUGGACCAAGCAGUUCGAUAACAUGUGGACCAAGCAGCUCAAUAACAUGUGGACCAAGCAGUUCCAUAACAUGUGGACCAAGCAGUUCCAUAACAUGUGGACCAAGCAUUCCAUAACAUGUGGACCAAGCAGUUAGAUAACAUGUGGACCAAGCAGUUAGAUAACAUAUGGACCAAGUAGUUAGAUAACAUGUGGACCAAGCAGUUCCAUAACAUGUGGACCAAGCAGUUCCAUAACAUGUGGACCAAGCAGUUAGAUAACAUGUGGACCAAGCAGUUAGAUAACAUGUGGACCAAGCAGUUAGAUAACAUAUGGACCAAGCAGUUAGAUAACAUGUGGACCAAGCAGUUAGAUAAC